AUGUGGGUCCUAAAGAAACUGGACAUUUUGAAAGCAACCAGAAAGUUGGGGUGGAAGCCCAGCAAAUCGCUUUCCUGCAGUGAGGAUUUAGCUGCUAGGGCUAAGGGGACCUGGGGGCCUGUCCUCAGGCACAGCACUGAGGAGACACCAAACAGAUGGAAAGGGUUCGGGGGUUCUUCUUGAAAGCGCAUCAAGAGCUGUCUUCCCACCAUUCCUAUACCAUCUACAAACAAGUAGAAGAGGACCAGGGAAAACAGUUGGAGGAAGAUGAGAAGCAAGAGGAAGGAGAAGAAGAUCCAGCCACUCUCAUCAUGCACAUGGAGCUACAGACCACAAACAAACAGGGGCAGAAGGAGAGGGAAUGUGGGAGGCAGAAUCUGACCCCCAAGAUAAUCACCCACCUUAUACUCCUCAAUUUCUUGGUCUUUACUGUGGCCUUCCUCUUCGGCUACAUUGCCUUUCGGGGUUCAUGCCAGUCUUGUAAGGAUUCUGUGUCAGAAGUGAGUGAUGAAGAACUGAAUCCAGACAACAGUGACUCUACCCUGUAUUGGGCUGACCUUCGAGAUAUGUUCCACAAAUACUUGGAUGAGGAGCAACUGAAAAGUUCUAUCAGGACCAUCAGCCUUCUGGAACGAUCCUCAGGUUCCCCUGGAAUGACUACUCUAUCUCACCAGAUCCGAGAUAUGUUCUCCCAGCAGAAGCUAGACCACGUGUGGAUGGAUACUCAUUACGUGGGGCUGCAGUUCCCUGACCCGGUCCAGCCAAACACACUGCAUUGGGUCGAUGGGUCUGGCAAUGUUUUGAGAGAGUUACAGUUGGAAGAUCCUGAUGUCUACUGUCCCUACAGUGCCAAAGGCAGUGCUGUUGGAGGACUCAUUUAUGCUAACUAUGGGCGAAUGAAGGAUAUAGAAGCUCUCCAAGAGAAGAAUUUGGACCCCAAGGGGCACCUACUAUUGGUGCGAAUAGGACAUGUGAGCUUUGCUGAGAAGGUGUCGAAUGCUGAGGCCUUUGGGGCUCUGGGUGUCCUCAUCUACCCAGACCCUGCUGACAUCCACCCAGACCCCCACAAGAAGCUGAGGCUAUCUAACCACACAGCUGUGUAUGGACAUGUUCACAUGGGAACAGGGGACCCCUAUACUCCUGGCUUCCCCUCCUUUAAUCAAACCCAGUUCCCACCUGUGGAAUCCUCUGGCCUCCCUAGUAUCCCAGUACAGCCCAUCAGUGCCAGCAUCAGUGCCCAGUUGCUGAGGAAGCUGUCAGGCCCUGAGGCCCCUCAAGAGUGGAAAGGGACUCUCUCUGACACUCCAUACCGUCUGGGCCCUGGGCCAACUUUGCGCCUUGUUGUCAACAACCAUCGAACCUCAACUCCCAUAAUUGGCAUCUUCGGCUGCAUUGAAGGUCGCUCUGAACCUGAUCAUUACAUUGUCAUUGGGGCCCAGAGAGAUGCCUGGGGUCCAGGGGCAGCCAAGUCCGCUGUGGGCACAGCCCUCCUGCUGGAGCUGGUACGCACCUUCUCUGCCAUGAUGAGGAAUGGUUUUCAGCCUCGAAGAAGUCUGCUUUUUGUCAGCUGGGAUGCUGGUGACUUUGGGAAUGUGGGAGCCACUGAAUGGCUGGAGGGCUACCUCACCAUGUUGCACCUCAAAGCUGCUGUCUACGUGAGCCUGGACAAUGCUGUGCUUGGGGAUGACCAGUUCCAUGCAAAAACCAGCCCUCUUCUCACCAGCCUCAUUGAGAGCAUCCUAAAGCAGGUGGAUUCUCCCAAUCAUAGUGGUCAAACCCUCUAUGAUCAGGUGGUGGUUCCAGGCCAGAGCUGGGAGGCUGAGGUAAUCCGGCCCCUGCCCAUGGACAGCAGUGCUUACUCCUUCACUGCCUUUGGAGGGGUCCCUGCUGUUGAGUUCUCAUUCACUGAGAAAGGCCCACCAUACCCUUUCCUGAACACCAAAGAAGAUACAUAUAAGAAUCUGCAUGGAGCAUUACAAGGGCGGUUGCCAGCUGUGGCCCGGGCUGUGGCCAUGGUGGUGGGCCAACUACUCAUCCGGCUCAGCCAUGAUCACCUGCUACCCUUAGACUUUGGCUGCUAUGGUGAUGUCAUCCUGAAGCACAUUGGCAGACUCAAUGAGUUCUCUGGGGAUCUCAAGGCCCGGGGUCUGACCCUGCAGUGGAUAUACUCAGCACGUGGAGACUACAUUCGGUCAGCUGAGAAGCUACAGAAAGAGAUCUACAGCUCAGAGGAGAGCAAUGAGAGAUUGAUGCGAAUGUACAAUGUCCGAAUUAUGAGAGUAGAAUUCUACUUCCUAUCCCAGUAUGUGUCACCAGCAAUCUACCCAUUCCGUCACAUCUUCCUGGGUCAAGGGGACCACACUCUGGGGGCCUUACUUGAGCACCUGCAGCUGCUGAGGGACGAGGGGGCUGUGAAUGGCUCUCUAAGAUAUUCAAGACCUCAUUUUGAAGAGAGCCACUUACGCCGCCAGCUGGCUCUCCUCACCUGGACCCUGCAGGGAGCAGCUAAUGCCCUCAGCGGAGAUGUCUGGAACAUUGACAACAACUUCUGAAGGUGGAGGAGUCACAGCAUCCAGUCUUGUAUAUCUCCCUUUCUCAGGACCACCCAUUCUCUCAACUUCUUCCUCUCUAGAUCCUUUUCGUUUUACACAUCCUUUUCCAUUAAAUUUCAGGGUGCUAGCCGGCUAGCUAGCGGCUGAUCCCAUUUCUUAUUUUGCCCCCUUCCUUUUAAAUGGAUGUCUCUGUAUAUAAUGUAAGAGGAAGCAGUUAUAUUCCUCUUAAGGGGAUGAUCAUAUCUGUUAGAGAGCAGUAUCUGCUCAAUCAUUCUUAUACCCACUUUCCCUUCCCCAAGUCCUUGGCUUUCUGACCCCCUCCAAAAAAAAAAAAAUUAGGGCAAGGCAAAUCAAUGUUCAUAACCUGAAAUCCUGUUUUUGUGCUGUGGACUCUCUCUUGAGUUUGGAGGUCCAGGUCUGCCAACUUUUCUGAAGGGGGGAAUCUGAGAAUUGUCCUGUUUUUCCAGAGAAAUCAUUUUCCUGGCUUACUCAGAGCUACCCCAACCAGCCCUUGCUCCCCUACCCACUCUUCACUCCUUGUCCUAGAAGGCAUUUCCAUACAUAAUUCCAUGGACCCACUUAGUGACUGAGAAUUCAAAGAAAAAAAUUACUAAAAAUUACAACACUCGAUUUGACAAAAAGUCUGGAAUAGGGGAGGGAACAGAACAACCAAGGAAGUGUCUUUCCUUUCUUCUCCCAGUGACCACUGGGAUUAAAUGUGUGUAUGUUUAAUACAUGUGUACACCUAGGUAACAAAACAGGCCGUGAAUAGCCCUCAAACAAAAGGCUAUUCUUGCCAACUCAAUUUCAAUAAAAGUUGCUUAAGCCUUGUG